GAACUCUGUGGUCCUCACAAUCAUAAAUUGUUGUAAAUGUUAGCAAUAGAGAAAUAGGAGAGGAACUCGAUAUCCAAUAUACGAGACUAAAAAUAUAAUCUUUCUUACCAAGAAAACAAAAAAAAAAAAACAAAAAAAAGAUCUUCUUUAGUGAAAAAGAAGAAAAGAAAAAAAUGGUGUUCAUGGGAGAAAUAUGGUCACAAGUGGGCUCAGUAAUGGCAAGCAUAAUGUUUGUUUAUGCAAUAAUUCAACAAUACUUUCCGUACAAUCUUCGUCGUCAUCUUGAGAAGCAUACCAACAAAAUCGUGGGUUUCGUUUACCCAUAUAUCCAAAUCACUUUCCAUGAAUACACUGGUGACCGUUUCAAACGCAGUGAGGUCUACACAGCUAUCCAAAACUAUCUCAGUGCUAAUUCAUCUUCUCGAGCUAAACGAUUAAGGGCUAACGAUAUCAAAGAUAACAAAUCCUUGGUUCUAAGCUUGGACGACAAUGAAGAAGUAACUGAAGAAUUUCAAGGUGUUAAACUAUGGUGGACUUCUUCCAAGAAAAUCCCACAAGGUUCUUCUAAUCCAUUCUAUCCUAAUUCUGAUGAGAAGAGGUAUUUCAAGCUAACUUUUCACAGAACCCAUAGACAACUCAUCACUGAAUCUUUUCUUGCUCACGUACUCGAAGAAGGUAAAGGAAUCGCCUUUAAGAAUCGGCAACGAAAGCUUUACACAAAUGGGUCUGGUGAGAGCUUUUAUGGUGGGAAUCGGACUAAGUGGAGUCAUGUCCUUUUUGAGCAUCCGGCUAGUUUUGAUACUCUGGCUAUGGAACCCAAGAAAAAGCAGGAGAUUAUAAAUGAUCUUCUUAAGUUCAAGAAUGGGAAAGAGUAUUAUGCUAAAAUUGGGAAAGCUUGGAAAAGAGGGUAUCUUCUUUAUGGUCCUCCUGGGACUGGAAAAUCAACUAUGAUCUCUGCUAUGGCUAAUUUUCUUGAUUAUGAUGUUUAUGAUUUGGAACUCACUGCUGUUAAGGAUAAUACUGAGCUGAGGAAGCUUUUGAUUGAGACUUCAAAUAAGUCUAUUAUUGUGAUUGAGGAUAUUGAUUGUUCACUUGAUCUUACUGGUCAGAGAAAAGAGAAGAAGAAAGAUGAAGAUAGUGAACAGAGUAAAGACCCUGUUAGUGUUCAGAAAAGGGCUGAAGAAGAAGGUAAGAAUAGUCAGAGUAAGGUUACUCUUUCUGGGCUUUUGAAUUUCAUUGAUGGGAUUUGGUCAGCUUGUGGUGGUGAGAGGCUUAUUGUGUUUACUACUAACUAUGUUGACAAACUUGAUCCUGCUCUUAUUCGGAGAGGAAGAAUGGACAAGCACAUAGAGCUUUCCUAUUGUGGUUUUGAAGCAUUUAAGGUUCUUGCCAAGAACUACUUAGAUGUUGAGUCACAUGAUUUGUUUUCGAAAAUUGAACGUUUGUUGGGUGAAAUUGAUACUACUCCUGCUGAUGUUGCUGAGAAUUUGAUGCCGAAAUCCGAUGAGGAAGAUGCUGAUAAGUGCUUGAAGAAUUUGAUUGAAGCUCUUGAGAAUGCUAAGGAGGAAGCUAUAAGAAAAAAGGCUGAGGAUGAAGCAAAGUUACAAGCUGCAGAGGAAGAAAAGUUGGAAGAAGAAAGUGAUCCCAAAUCUGGUAAAGAAGAUGUGAAAUGUAAAUGUGGUAAUGGAGCAUUGGAUAAGGAAGUGAAGGAGAAUGGAUCAGUUAACAAAUAAAUUGUAUGUCUUUUGAUGAUGAUCAAUUAUCUGUGUCUGGAUUGUUGGUUAUUUAUUCCAUUAUGUAUGUUCUUUGCUUCCUCAUUAAAAUUCAUGAUAUUGAAGCUCUUAAUGUACUAAAGUUAUAUGCUAUUUAGUUUGGAUGUGUAGUGAGUAAGCUAUACAUUAAAGAACUUGUGCAAUACUAGCCAAUUUUCGGAUCAAGUUUCAGUACACAGUGCAAGAAACAAUAUACAUCAAUACAAUACAACAAUGGUAACUGAAGCAAGAUUAGUGAGUUAGCUGGCUAAGCAAGUUGGGUUAAUCUUAGUUAAGUGGUUGCUAAUCUAAUUAGUAAUGAGUCUUUUACUCUCUAACUGUUAGUGUAAGUUUAGGCUCAGUAUAAAUUAGUGUUGUAAUCUCUUGCUAUUCAACACAUCCAAGUUAAUCAAUAAAAGUUCAGUUCAUAUUCUCUUGUU